AUGGCCCACAAUCCAGGAAAUAACAACCUCUUCGGCGCACCGCCCAGCUACGAUGAUUCUCAGCAAGCUGCGUCGUCAUCGUCAUCAGCAGGAAUCCCAGGCAACUCCUAUAGCCUGGAAAAACAGCAACAAUAUCAGAACAACACCAAGCAAAAUCCAUGGCAGCAGCCACAAUACCCACCGGGUGAUCCUCCACCAUACCACAACUGGCAAGAAGCAGUCCCAGAUACAUCAGUCUUCCCACCACCACCCAUCUCGGGCAACUACAUCUCCGGCACGGGCAACGCCUCUGCCGACGACGCCCAGCGCGCCCACGACUUCUGUGACAACACGCCUCUCUGGCAGCCCGUAGUACCCUCCACAGCGGUUUACUCGUCCGUAGCAACCCACGACCUACGACCCGUCCAGCAACGCGAGUUUGUCGGUGAGCUCACGCCUACCGCACCGGGUCGCUGGUUCGGCCGCACCGUCGACCGAAACGGGGACUGCUGCGUGCUGACCCAUCUGCCAUUGUACUUUGCCGCGCAGGACUCCCCCUUUAUCACGGAGAAGCGCAAGACGAUCUAUUUCGAAGUUAAGCUGCUGGCACUCCGCGCAGGACCCGGUGGCGAUGCUAGUGGAUUGUCCCUGGGCUUUGCAGCGCAGCCGUACCCGUCAUGGCGCUCGCCGGGCUGGGAGCGUGGUAGUCUUGGGGUCUUCUCGGACGAUGGCUGUCGCUUUGUGAAUGACUCGUGGGGUGGGCGGGACUUUACUGCGCCGUUCAGAGUUGGCGAAACGCUGGGGAUUGGGAUGAAGUUUGCGCUGCCGGAGGAUCCGCUUGAUAUGGCGGAUGCCAUGUUUGGGGCUAAGCGGACGUGUAAGGUUGAGGUGUUUUUCACUCGUGAUGGACAACCAGCCGGUGGGUGGAACCUGCAUGAGGAGGUGGACGAGGAGGCUGGAGGUGUGGAAGGGUUAGAGGGGGAUUUUGAUUUGUAUGGGGCUGUUGGAUUAUUUGGGGGUGUCGACUUUGAGGUUUGCUUUGAUCCGGCUGGGUGGCGAUGGAAUUUCACUGAGUAG